AGAUGAACUUCCAGGUUUACAGAAUUAAAGGCUGCGAAGUGCAGCCACCUUUAACAACAUAUUGGUGCGAGAAAUGAUAGUCACCAACGCAAAUCCUUCCUCAAGGUGUUGUUGUAAGAAUUAUGAUGAAGAGUAUAGUGAGGAUGAACGGAGAACCACUAAAUACCCUUUCGUGGGUGCUCUAUGUAUGAGUGGUGGAGAUGUAGACAACAGUUACUCCACUAAUUCUCUUCUUCAGAAAAGAGUUUUAUCAAUGACUAAGCCGAUCUUAGUUAAAAACACAAUGGAAAUGUUGGCAAAGUUGGACUAUCCUAAAUGCAUCAAGAUAGCCGAUUUAGGCUGCUCGUCGGGUCAAAACACGUUUAUGGCCAUGUCUGAGAUCGUCAAUACAAUCAAUGCGUUGUCUCAAGAACGGAAACAAAACUCGCCGGAGAUAGAAUGUUGUCUGAACGAUCUUCAUAGUAAUGAUUUCAACACAACGUUCAAGUUCAUAACUUUCUUUAAGAAGCUUACAAGCGGAGGAUCAUGCUUUGUCUCUGGAGUCCCUGGUUCCUUUUACUCUAGGCUCUUCCCUCGCAACAGUCUUCAUUUCAUAAAUUCAAUUUACAGUAUUCAUUUCCUCUCCAAGGUUCCCGACGGACUGGAGAAGAACAAGAUGAGUGUGUAUAUAACGAGUUCAAGUCCUUUAAGUGAAUACAAGGCUUACUUGCAUCAGUUCCAAAGAGAUUUUACGACAUUUCUAAGAAUGCGGUCUGAAGAGAUGGUAUCUUAUGGACGUAUGGUUCUCACACUCAUCGGCAGAGACACUGUAGAUGAUCCUUUGUACAGAGAUUGUUGCCAUUUUUGGACUUUGUUAUCCGAUUCUCUCCGGGACUUAGUCUUCGAGGGUCUUCUAAGUGAAUCAAAGGUAAGUUCAUUCAAAAUGCCAUUUUAUGAUCCAAGCAAAGAAGAAGUGAAGGAGAUUAUAAGAAAAGAGGGAUCCUUCCAAAUAAACGACUUGGAGACGUAUGAAUUUGACCUCGGCCAUAGUAACGAAGACCGUAGCUUACCAUCACAUAGAGCUAAAGCAGGGCAAAAAGAAGCUAAUUGUAUACGAGCGGUGACUGAAACAAUGCUCGUAGCUCACUUUGGAGAUGCCAUUAUCGAUGCAUUGUUUAGAAAGUAUGCGCAUCAUGUGUCUCUGCAUGCUAGCUGCAGGGUUAAAACGUCUCUAACCCUAAUCGUUUCAUUGACUCGGAGAUAAAGUUUUAUA